UUUCGCGCAGCGUGGCGCGAAUUUUUCAGCGACUGAGAUUUUUUUAUUUCGCGCUCCGUUCAAAUAUACCGCGUGUGCCGGUGUGUGACCCAUCGAGAGAUCAAUUGUGAUAUCGUGGAUUUGCGAGAGAGAAAGAGAGAUGUGACGGAUUCGGCGGCGACCUUGGCGAGACGAUGGAUCCUGACGCAACGAGACGUGCGUCAGGGAGAGGACAUAACAGACUGCAGGAUCGCGCGGAUUAAGUGCGAGCGGCCAGGAUGGCGCGGUGGGGAUGGACGUUGCUGAUCCUGACGACCGUCUGGGUGCUGGUCGACGGCUACCUGGCGGUGCUGCCGUCCAGCACGCCCGUCGGUGCCCUCGUCUUCGAGGCCGGGGUGCCGCAGCUGGGGGGUCGGCGGAAAUAUGAGGCUUCGAGCGAGCGCACCGCCUGGUUCGCCCGGAAGCUCCUCAAGGUGCAUCCGCACACGGGUCGCGUGACCCUGGCGAGGACGCUGAGCUGCGAUGGACUCCAGUACCCGCGCGUCUUCACUUUUUACGUCGACUCGACGAGCUCUCGCCUUGGUAGACCCACCAUCGACUACUACAGCUUGCCGCUGAGGAUCCUGAUCACCGGAUGCGGCGGGGAAAAUCGCGACCUGGCAGCUACCAGGGGCUGGAUGGCGGAGACUCUGGCCUCUUACGCGAUGCCCAGCACUGACAGGUUUACCGAAGUGUGUCUGCGAACGUCUCAACUAGUAGCAGCUCUCCGCGAUUUCCUACCGCAGACGGCCUUGAAGGAAUGCGAAACCAGAUGGGGCGGAGUGGCAGAUCCCAGAUUUCUCGUGGAGGGCGCCGCCGGAGAUCUGGUCUCCGCCACCGAGCAAUGCUUGGUGGAUCCAUUAUGGAAAGUCUCGGUCAGCAUGAUCCUGCGUUGCACCGGUGAUUCGCGUCUGACCGACGCCGAGCAUCGGCUGAAGAUUGUUUUCCAUCACCGUCAACUGGACGACACUGAUCUGGGUAGAAGGGUGAGGCGAGAGCUAAAGAAUCAGUCGCCGUACUUCGAGCAAUCUUUCUAUGUCGCCGCGGUGGAAGAGGAGAAAGAGCCGGGGGUAUACGUGACUUCAGUAAGAGCUAGAGAUCCCGAAAACGGCGCCGUGCGAUAUUCGAUGAACUCGCUGAUUGAUGCGAGAUCGCAGGCGCUGUUAGCUCUCGAUCCUGUGACCGGAAAAGUGACGACUCGUGCCAGACUGGACAGAGAGAACGUCGACGUGCACUAUUUCCGGGUACUGGCAGUAGACGACUCGUUUCCACCGCGAACCGGCACAACGACUCUUCAGGUCAAUGUAUUAGACGCGAACGAUCACACGCCCAGUUUUGAAUGGUCGGAAUAUGAUGCGUCAGUACGAGAGGGUGUCCCCGUGGGCUCCACCGUGGUUACAGUCAAAGCCACGGACCAGGACACUGGCAGAAACGCCGAGGUGGAGUAUUCUAUCAUUUCUAUCACGGCAGGUGGUACUACCACGCAUACGGAAGACGCGGCAACUUUCAGAAUCGAUUCUAGAUCCGGCGUAGUCACCACACGGACCGCGCUCGAUCGCGAGGUGACCGAAGUUUAUACAGUGGUACUCAGCGUUACGGAUCAAGCAACACCACCGUCGACACGACGAAGCGUGAAUGCGACUCUGGUGGUACACGUGCUGGAUGACAACGACAAUUAUCCGCAAUUCACUGAACGAACGUAUUCGGCGUCCGUGUCGGAGGAUCUGGACUAUACGACUAAUCCGGUGGUGGCUCAUAUCCGGGCGACGGACGCGGACGCCGGCGCCAACGCGGCUGUCCGCUACGCCAUCAUCGGCGGCAACACGCAGAACACAUUCUCCAUCGACUCGAUGAGUGGCGACGUCGUUUUGGUCAAGCCGCUCGACUACGAAUCUAUCAGGAACUACAAAAUCGUCAUACGCGCCCAGGACGGCGGCUCGCCCGCUCGAUCCAACACCACUCAAUUGUUGGUGAUGGUCAGAGAUGUGAACGAUAACGCACCACGAUUCUACACGAGCCAUUUUCAAGAAUCAGUGUCGGAAAAUGUGCCGCUAGGUUACUCGGUAUUGAGAGUACAGGCGUACGAUGCUGACGAGGGUAACAACGCGCUUAUCAAAUAUAACAUCGGCGCGCGCGACUUCACUGGCGCCUCUACGGAGAACUUUCCCAUCACCGUUAACACGGAAACUGGCUGGAUUUACACGACGAAGCAAUUGGAUCGCGAAGAAUGCUCGAGAUACCAAUUUAUCGUAAUCGCGGCGGACUCUGGCGAGGAACCAAAAUCCGCGAGCGCGACGGUGAUUCUCACGGUGACCGAUGUGAACGAUAACGAUCCUUAUUUCGAGCCGAAGAACUACGAGGCCAUAAUAUCCGAAGACGAUCCGCCGGGCACUCCGGUCGCCUCGGUGACCGCUACUGAUCCGGACGAGGACGCUAGGAUCCACUACGAGAUUACAGGUGGCAACACGCGCGGACGCUUCUCCAUUGCGUCGCAAAACGGCCGCGGCCUCAUCACCGUUGCCCAGCCGCUUGAUUACAAGCAGGAAAAGCGAUUCGUUCUGACGGUAACAGCUUCGGAUAGCGGCGGCCGCACCGACACCUCUCUGGUCUACGUCAACGUGUCGGACGCCAACAACUUUUCGCCAGUGUUUGAGAACGCGCCGUACUCGGUCUCGGUAUUUGAAGACGCGCCGGUCGGCGUGACCGUCCUGGUGGUCAGCGCCACCGAUUCUGACGUUGGCAAGAACGCCCAGAUCACUUACAGCUUGGCCACUGAUAAUGGCGAACAAGCAAUCAACGAGUUCACCAUCAAUCCACAGACCGGAGCGAUCACGACGACUAAAGCGCUCGAUCGCGAACUAGUACCCUCGUACUUAUUGACGGUGACCGCCAGAGACGGCGGGAUACCGCCGUUGUCAGAUACCACCGACGUGGAGAUUUCUGUUACGGACGUGAAUGAUAAUGCGCCGGUCUUCGAGGCGCCGCAGUAUCACGGAUCAGUUCCUGAAGAUGUUUUAGUGGGUACCAGUGUGCUCAGGAUUGCAGCGACCGAUGCGGAUACUGAUCUCAAUGGCCGGGUGAGGUAUGCUUUAGAGGACGACGGUGACAGCGCAUUCGCAAUUGAUUCUACGACAGGUAUCAUUAGAACCGCGAAGCCACUGGACCGAGAAUCGGUGGCGCGUUACGCGUUAAAAGCCGUUGCCAUAGAUCGCGGUUCACCCGCGCUUUCAUCCGUCGUUCCGGUCAUCGUCAAAAUCGAGGACAUCAAUGACUCGCCGCCCGCCUUCGAAAAUGACAAGAUCGUUCUUUAUAUCGCCGAGAACUCGCCGAUCGGUUCGACCGUGGGCGAAAUCUAUGCCCACGAUCCGGACGAGGGUCCAAACGCGGUGGUGCAGUACAGCAUCAUUGGAGGCGAAGACUCCAACAGCUUUGCCUUAAAUAUCCGGCAGGGAGCCGAUCGGGCAGAGCUUAUUACUCUCGAAGAACUGGACUAUGAAUCGCCAAAGAAGAGAUUCGAACUUGUGGUGCGCGCAGCAUCGCCGCCACUGCGCUCUGACGCACUUGUGCAGAUUCUAGUGACCGACGUGAACGAUAAUGCGCCGGUGCUCAAGGAUUUCCAGAUCAUCUUUAACAACUUUAAGGAUUUCUUCCCGACCGCGCCGAUCGGCCGUAUACCGGCAGUAGACGCCGACGUUACUGACAAUCUCGUCUACAGCAUCCUCGCUGGUAACAAUGCGAAUUUGAUUGAUCUCAACAAAACCUCCGGAGAGAUCCGGCUGUCGCCGCAGCUCAACACCAACGUGCCGCGAGUGGCGACCAUGGAGGUCGCCGUGACGGACGGCAUCAACGAGGCAAAGGCCACGAUGACGUUGUCGGUGCGUUUGAUCACCGAUGAAAUGCUGUUGAACUCGAUUACAGUGAGAUUGGACGACAUGACAGUGGAGGCGUUUCUCAGUCCUCUUCUGGGUUAUUUCUUGGAUGGUCUGGCAGCCAUCAUUCCGUGCCCACGCGAAAACAUCUUCCUUUUUAGCAUUCAGGAAGACGCAAACGUAAACGCCAAGAUCCUAAACGUGAGUUUUUCGGCGCGCAGAGUGGAGCCCGGCACGAUCGACGAGUUUUACAGUCCGCAGUUUCUCCAAGAACGGGUCUAUCUAAAUCGCGGUAUCUUGGCAAGACUGGCGACGGUCACAGUUUUACCUUUCGACGACAAUCUUUGCGUUAGAGAACCCUGUUUAAAUUUCGAGGAGUGCCUGACGGUAUUGAAGUUUGGCAACGCGUCCGGUUUUGCUAGCAGCGAUACAGUUCUUUUCCGACCCAUCUAUCCGGUGACGACGUUUGCCUGCAGAUGCGGCCGCGGCUUCACCGGUAGCCGCGAAGCCUAUAUGUGCGACACCGAAGUGAACCUAUGCUACUCGAAUCCGUGCGCGAAUGGUGGCACUUGUCACAGACGAGAAAACGGAUACUCGUGCAUCUGCAUGCCUGACUUCACCGGCGAGAACUGCGAGAUCUCGUUAGAUCAUGACGCUUGCUUAACGCCUGGCGUCUGCAAGGGCGGCUCUCAAUGCACUGCUCUCAAGAAUACCGGCGAUUUUAUCUGCGAGGAUUGCCCCGUAACCGCGCUGGAGAACGUGACACCAUUCUGCGAGCUUAGAGCGCGCAGCUUCGGUCCGGCGACGUUUCUCACCUUUGCCUCUCUCAGACAACGUCAUCGUCUCCAUCUCAGACUAAAAUUUGCUACCGAGCUGACCGACGGUCUCUUACUCUAUAAUGGCAGGUACAACGAACGUCAUGACUUCAUCGCUCUGGAAAUCGUGGACUCGCAGGUGCAGUUCAGCUUUUCUCUCGGUGACGAGGUGACCCGCGCCACGGCGGGCAUUCUCGGUGGAGUUUCGGACGGACGAUGGCAUGAGGUCGAGGUCUCUUACAUCAAUCGAACGGUGACGGUGUCCCUGGAUGAUUGCGACAUCGCACUCGCUUUGGAGCAUGGCGAAAGGCUGGGACCGAGAUGGAACUGCGCCGGUAGGAGCGAGAAAAUUCUCGAGGAACGCUGCGGGCUCGUCACCGAAACCUGUCACAGAUUCCUUGAUCUAACCGGACCAUUGCAACUUGGCGGUCUACCAGCGAUCCCAUCCGAUUUUCAAAUUCGCAACAAGGACUAUGUUGGAUGUAUCAGUGAUUUCUAUAUCGAUCACAUUUUUGUCGACUUGAACUCCUUCGUGGCUGAUAACGGGACCCAUGCCGGUUGUCCUGAGAAGACCGCCUUCUGCGCCUCAUCGCCCUGCAGAAAUAAUGGAAAAUGCCGCGAAGUAUGGGCAGGUUUUCUUUGCGAAUGCGAGGACGCGUUCGCUGGCCCAACCUGCGCCGAGGAGGUCGGCCAACCAUGGAUGUUCAAUGGGCAUGGUAUGCUCAGCUUCAACCCGCUGCUACGACCGAUUCAGUUGCCUUGGCUGACCGCCCUGAGUCUUCGAACACGAGAGCGACAGGCGUUCGUUAUGAACGUGCAAAUCGGCCAGAACAGCUCAGUGCUACUCGAGAUUCGAGAUGGGAAGCUAAUAGUCUCAUUAGACGGCGCGGACGUAAUUGGUACUACCGGCGCCGUCGCGGAUGGCGAAUGGCAUCGACUAGAAAUCCUUUGGCAGAGCGGCCACGUGUCCCUAGAUAUCGAUUACCGGGAUCGACCAACAACUCUGCCACUACCCGCCAAGCUCCAGGGUCUUUACGUCGGCCGAAUACUCGUAGGAGGCCCCGACCAGACUAUCGACACUCAAUUGAAACCUUUGUACGGUUGCUUGCAGAACAUUCGGGUUGGGUCGAACCAGAGUCUACUCCACCGCCCGACAGUGAAGGAGAACGUGAGCGUCGGUUGCCCAUCGAAAUCCAAAUGCGAAAUCAAUUGCGAUCCGGAAACUACAAUCUGCCUAUCCCGUUGGCAGUCCAGCGAAUGCGUAUGCGCCGCUGGUUACGUUGGGCCCAAGUGCGAGCCCGUGUGCGACCUACAUCCGUGCAAGCAAACUGGCGAUUGCUUGAAGGACGUAACUACGUCGAAGCAUGGUUAUCGUUGCGAUUGUACGUCAUCCGAGUACACAGGCAAUUAUUGCGAUAUCAAAGCCGAUCAGCCCUGUCCGGCAACCUGGUGGGGCACGCCGGUAUGCGGCCCAUGCCACUGCGACGAGACUAAGGGCUACGAUCCGGCCUGUAACAAAACCACCGGCGAAUGUUACUGCAAGGAGAAUCAUUAUCAACCGACCGGACGCAAAGAAUGCAUACCUUGCGAGUGCUACGUGAUCGGCAGCUUCGGGCCACGUUGCGAUAGCGAGACCGGUCAAUGUCGUUGCCGAACCGGAGUGAUCGGUCGAGCGUGCACCGACUGUCCGAAUCCUUAUGCCGAGGUAACUCUGAGGGGAUGCGAAGUAGUCUACGAUGGCUGUCCCAGAUCAUAUUCGGACGGUCUGUGGUGGCCGCGGACUCUCUUCGGGAUGACAGCCAUCGAGGACUGUCCCGGCACCGCCGAAGGCAAAGCCUCGAGAUCCUGUGACGACAAAUUGGGCGGCUGGCAAUCACCUGAUCUCUUCAAUUGCACUUCGGAGGCUUUCGUUGAGCAACGACAUCAGCUUGCGGCCCUGGAGACCAAGGAUCUCACAUUGAAUACCUACGUAGCCGUAAAGAUGGCGAAGGACGUUCAUCGAGCGGUGAAUAUCACCAGGGAAAUGUACGGAGCGGAUCUUCUGGUAGCGGAAUCUUUGUUGGUGACAUUGCUACGUUACGAAGAGAGCCUGGUGGGGUUGAAUUUGACUCACAGUCAGGAUAAAGAUUAUGUCUCCCAUCUGAUCGGUAUAGCUGGAGCGAUUCUGAAAUCCAAGUACAAGGAGAAAUGGGAGAAGAUAGUAGAACUCAACGGAGAUAGUCCCGAUAAGGUUCUGAACGCUAUGGCGAAUUAUCUGAAGACUCUAACGGCAUCGCAACACGAUACUUUCACCAGUCCUUUUGAAGUGGUCGAUAGUAACGUUGUACUCGGUCUAGACAUCGUAACAUCGGAGAGUCUCUUUGGCUAUGAGACCGCCGAAUAUAAAGAAGAUCCUGCCUUAUCAACGGCGAGGCCUUCGGAAGCCGACCGGAAGAUCAUCCUCCCCGAUACCUCUGCUUUUCUUAGUUCAUCGGCGCACUUUGGUCCAUCUGUCAGCUUCCCGAAGUACAACAAUUAUAUGGCCGAUCCGAGUAGAUUCGACCCGUACUCAAAAAUCCAAGUGCCGCUCAACACUCUGGGAAUCAAACCCCCUGUGCAGGGCGAGCUGAAUGUCAAGAACAGUCUAAGUAAUCGAAAAGCAGUGCUGAGUUACGUACAGUACAAAGAACUCGGUGCUCUUUUGCCGAAAAGAUUCGACGAUUCGGUCGCACUUAGAUGGGGUGUAGAAGUAGCAGUUGGCUCGCCUGUAAUGACCGUCUCGGUAUUGGUUCCUUCGGACAAUGGUUACGAGUCCUUGACCGGAAUUCCUUUGCAGUCACCGGUCCAAGUUCGACUUUGGCUCAACGAGAACGACGAUUUUAAAACUAGAACAAAUCCGCAGUGUGUCCAUUGGAGCACGGCGAGAGGAGUCGGCGAAUGGAGCCGAAUGGGCUGCACGACGGAAAUCGAAGACAAUUCCCUGUCAUUUGGUACCAUUGUGAAUUGUUCCUGCUUGCAAUUGUCCACCUUCGCCACACUGACGGACGUCCUUGAUCUGGAGUACGUUCCCGAGCCAUCCCUGUUGGAGGAUGUGACUAGCUACAGCGCGUUUAUGCUCGCUCUGCCGCUAUUAUUAUCCGCCCUCUUGAUCUUGGCGUUAAUUCGUGGCGGAGGUACCAAUUCCAACAGUAUCCACAAGAACUUGGUAUUGUGUGUUUUCGUCGCGGAGGUUCUGUACUUGAUCGCGCUCAAAGCUAGGGGUCCUCUGAUUUCUAACGAGUUCCCGUGCAAACUGACGGCGAUAGGACUACAUUACGCUUGGUUGAGCACUUUCGCCUGGACCCUCGUGGAUUCUGUUCAUCUCUAUCGGAUGUUGACAGAGAUGAGGGAUGUGAAUCACGGACAGAUGAGAUUUUACUACACCAUGGGAUACGGUCUACCGGCUGUCAUCGUUGGACUUACCAUCGGCGUCAGGGCAGAUCAAUACGGAAAUUUCUAUUUUUGCUGGCUGUCCAUCUACGAGACCGUGAUCUGGUCACUAAUAGGACCUGUCUGCGCAGCCGUGUUGGUAAACUUUUGCAUUCUCGUGAUGUGCAUUCGCGCAGCUUUUACUCUGAAGGAACACAUCAUGGGUUUUGGAAAUUUGCGAACGCUUUUAUGGCUCUCCGUGGCAUCGUUGCCCUUAUUAGGAUCGACAUGGACCCUAGCGGUUCUCAAUGCAUCCGAGAACUCGCCGACUCUAUCGUACUUGCUGAGUGUUACCAUCGUGGUUCACGCAGCAUUCAGCCUGAUCGGCUACUGCUUCAUCAAUGGCAGAGUGAGGAGAAAUUUGUAUCAGAGUUUGUUAAGAUGUAUCGGCAAAAAGACACCUUUGCUGGAAGGCAGCAUGGGUAACGGAAGUAGCAGUCAAAAUGUGAAUGCUCACUCGCGUUCGGCAUUGGCUUACUCUUCGACCUACACCGGAGCCGAAUCUGCAUGUAGGAGAGUCCAUGUCGGCGUGUCAACGAGCAGCACGACUUCAAGAAGUACAAAUAAGACGGGCUCAAGCCCUUAUCGUAGCGAUACACACUUGAGACAUACGUCAACAUCUACGAGCAACUACAACAGCGAUCGAGAUCCGUAUUUAUCGUCCAGGAGUCAUCGAUCAGCGCUACAAACUCGACAAGUGGAUUCUACGGAGGUGAGAAGCCAGCGCAGAGAAUCGGAAUCAGACUCGGACGGCUCUCAAGCCGAAGGAGGCGGAAGAAGCCUGGAUCUCGCCAGCUCGCAUAGUUCCGAUGAGGACGACGUCACGUCAAGGUCUCACAGGAACAUGGGAGUGUCUACGCAGCAGCAUGUCGCCCAUAGCUACCUGCCCAACAUUCAUACCAAUCCCGCCGAACACUUGAACAUACUUUGCUCGAAUGCCGAGCUGUUCCCCAACAUCAAACCUAUCUACGCCCCUCGAUGGAGUUCCCAACUGCCGGAAGCAUAUUUAUCAUCAAAUGUGAUGGACGUGCGUGGUAGCCAAUGGUCCGGCGGCACUAUGUCGGACAACGAGAUAGCCUCGAAUAAGACUUCGAGUCCGAAUCCGCUGCCGUAUCCAGAGAUGAGCUCGCCGCAGAAGAAUCAGCCGGACGAAAAUUAUUCAGAGGGUGAGGAGAAGGUGCACCAUCUGGGUGAGAAAUAUCUAUUCCCAUACACCGCUGAGGAAGAUCACACGGUGUCACCCACACCGUACAUGCUGUCCAUAUCGUCGCGUAUCUUGGCGUCCAGCAUGAGCCAUCAUUCACAGAACUCGAAUCACGAGAACCUGAGUGGUUCUGAGCAGCGCUACGGCAGCCUGAAGCGAGGUCAGAGCCUGCAUGGCUCGCAGCAUGACAAUCUCAGCGGCUCCGAGAGAUACGGUAGUCUGAAACGGGGCAAGAUGGGCACCCCGACGGUGCUGGAAGACACGCCCGAGUAUAUCCUGCCAAUGAGCGGGAGGAUACUGUCGAGCUCGUUGACCCACGAUCUGCAACACAGCAAUGAGCUGGCGGCACUCAGGCAACAGCAGCAGCAGCAGCAAUACGAGCAGACCAUCACCGAGACCGAGUGGCGUUGGAACAUUCUAACAUAACUGUAUCUUUUCUGUGAUCCGUGCUUGCCCUAUCGACGGCUAUCGAACCAUCAGCGAGGAGGUAAGCAUUUAUGGCGAACGCCUGUAAAUCGCAACGAUUGUCUCUAUCGCUAAAUCUUCUCCGUAUCUCUCGCGAUCGCUCGAUCGGACGAGGAAUAAUCGCAAUUGUCGCUCUGUUGCAGGAAGGAUACUAAUGCGGAAACGUCCGUUUGACGAGGUCCGUACCACACAAACGAGAACAACGUACAAAGUAAUUUAGCUUACGCCUAGCUUAAGUGUCCACAACGCGCAAUAAAGACUCGAACGAUCGUCGAUAUAUAUAUUUUAAAGAAGCGGCCAUGAGUUACAUAAUUAGCCAUAUUAAUUAGCGUGUAUGUGCGAGCGCCCGUUCAUAUACUGCAUACGGAUGGGUCCGCCGCAGUACCGGAGAGAUAAAUGUCGCAUAUGUCGCAAUAUCUUUCAAUGAUCUGACAGCAAACAAUGACGUCGUUAAAAUAGUUAUUUAUUUAAUGAAUAUCUCAUUAAAAAUGGAUAUUAUCGACAAUUAUCGUUUGCAUCAUUGGAAAAUAUCGAUGUGACUUUUAUUCAUGGUCACGCAAUUGAAGGAUUCGGUGCACAAAAGUAUACAAGAGGUAAGUUAAUAAUUUCGAAAUUUUUAUUUUAGUUAUACACAUACAAAUUGUAUAACCAAAAGUUACUUAAAAUUUUUUGCAAUUUUGUUUUUAAAAAAAAAAAAAAGAUACAUUUCGUAUUAUACUUAUUAUAUGACUUACCUCGUGCGUGCAGCGAAUGCGUUCAAUUACUCUGAUCGACCCGAUAUAAAAAAAUUUUGUGCUUGUUGUUUACUUUGUAUUAAGAAGCGACUUGGUGAUUUACGAAUCUCUGAUUUUUCUCGACGAACGAUCUAAUUGCUGUUAAUCAGCAAUGACGUUCGGAAAAAGAUACGGAGAACGAAAAUGAUCUCUAAUCAUUAUACUCGUUAGUAUCAUUCUAGCUUUUCUUGAGCUCAGUAUUGUGCAAUGUACACAUUCCACUGUCUCUUGUCCUCUCUUUCAUAUACAUGUAUAUGUAUAUGUAUAAUUUUAGGUUCCACAUUUGCGUCAAUUCCCCCUUUUUUUUAUAUAGAAGUUUACAAUCUUUCUCUUUAUUUUACAUGCCAUGAAGAAGUAGAAGAAAAAACAUAGCGUAAGUCGAAGCGUGUCAAUUGUGCAGCGCAGUUUUUUCAUACUUUUGUAUAUAUAUAUACUCAUACAAGACGAAGAGGAAAACGAACUGUGACAAAAUACAUAAUUUAUAUAUCCUUCAGCAGUAAAA